UUUCAAAAGAACAGAAAGGAACGAUAUAAACCGUUGAUUUUUUUUUGUAGUUGUACCUAACCAGUUCAGAACUUUAUUUUGUUCGUCGGGAACAGUGGAAUGGAACGGGGAAAAAAUUAUGUUUUUCUUCAGAACGAAGAGACUGGAAAAUAACCCCUGGUCCAAGCACAGUAUAGGCCAUUUUUCUAUCUAUGUUGUUCACUCUGAAACGUACAGUUUCACUGAGCCUGAGCCUGUGCCUCCCUGUUCUAUAGAUUCUAUCAAGAGGUCUGGAUUGUAACCAUGGUUGUUGAUCCAAGCAGGACCUUUGGGCUACAUAGCAGCCCUCACCCUGCAGGACAGCAUGUUUACCCUCUCAGGGCUACAAAGACCCCAUUCACCGGUAACAGGAAGUUACACGCUGCCUGCCACGUCAGGUAUUCUGCGCAGAACGGUGUAUCUGUUUGCUCAUGCAUUCAAAACUAGUCUACACAUUACCCAGUGGCAGAGAUCCUUAUCUCUCCUGACAGAGCAGAGACAAAGGAACUUGAUGUUUACCUGAGAACGGGCCGACUGGUUUUUCUCACAGCCAAGGGACAAAGGAGAAGGACCGUAACUUUUCUCCUUGGAAUCCCAGGUGAAAGACAUCCGUUAUUCUGAGUUCUAGACUACACCCGGUGAAUAGAGAGAUCAGUUAUUCUGAGUUCUAGACUACACCCGGUGAAUAGAGAGAUCAGUUAUUCUGAGUUCUAGACUCCACCAGGUGAAUGGAGAGAUCAGUUAUUCUGAGUUCUAGACUCCACCAGGUGAAUGGAGAGGAGAAUGUGACAGGGAAGUGGACGUUACGUUUCUAGAACUUCUGGAGUUAAUGUAAGAGGGUGCUGGAUAACUUAAUGGAAAUAAGGACUGGAAGUUUGACUGGAUUUCAUGGAGAUAACUCAGUGGCUCACCCAGUGGGUAACAGGGGGUCGUUCUACCUCUCCCAGAGCUGCUAAGCGCCCCGGACUGCGCCGAAGCAAAACGCGUAGAGGGACUGUUCUGAGAACGUCAUGUUUCGCUGCUCUCGGUGGUGCGCUCUUUUUCCUCCUUGGAGUGUGUUUGCUCAAUCUGCCGGACCCGCGACAGCAACCCUUCCCUCUGACUGAAGGUGAACCCAGAGAUGUCACCCUUCUGCUGUGGACGCACCCCUUCGGCCGUUACCGUAGACUGCCGGACUGUGAGGCGCGCUUUGGAAUCCGUGGGUGCGUACUGACCGACGACCGGCGCAUGUACCCUGGGGCUGACGCCAUCAUCAUGCACCACCGUGAGAUAACGACCAAUGCCACGGCGCUCCCGUCUGACCCACGACCCCGUGGCCAGAAGUGGAUCUGGAUGAAUUUUGAGUCCCCGUCUCACACUCGUGGCCUGCGGCGGUUCGAGGGCGUGUUCAAUCUCACCAUGACCUACCGUGCAGAUUCAGACAUAUUCCUUCCUUAUGGCUACCUGGUGCCCCGCCUUCACCCUCAGGCCAACGCCCUCCCACACACACGCCCCCGACGGCCCCACCUAUUGGCCUGGGUCAUCAGUAACUGGUCGGAGUCGCAGGCCCGCGUGGCGUAUUUCCGUCGGCUGGUUAACUACGUUGACGUGGAUGUGUUCGGGCGCGCAGGCGUGCCACUGCCAGAGGACAGCACUGUGGUGCGCACGGUGAGGCAUUACCUGUUUUAUCUGGCGUUGGAGAACUCCCAGCACCCCGACUACAUCACUGAGAAGCUCUGGAACUCCUUACUGGCCGGGGCCGUUCCUGUAGUUCUCGGGCCGCCGCGGGAAAACUACGAACGCUUCCUCCCCCCUGAGGCCUUUAUCCAUGUGGACGACUUCCCCUCUCCCCGCCUGCUCGCCCAAUACCUGUUGCUGCUACGCCGGAGCCCUGCCCUCCUGCAGAGACACCUGGCCUGGAGGAGGAGCUACAGCGUACACCUGACUGCCUUUUGGGCGGAGCAUUACUGCACUGCGUGUCGAGCCGUGCGGAACCACAGACUCCGGACUGACACCAUCACCAACCUUCAGCGCUGGUUUGAGUCCUGACCUCAGUGUGGAACCACAGACUCCGGACUGACACCAUCACCAACCUUCAGCGCUGGUUUGAGUCCUGACCUCAGUGCGGAACCACAGACUCCGGACGUACACCAUCACCAACCUUCAGCGCUGGUUUGAGUCCUGACCUCAGUGCGGAACCACAGACUCCGGACGUACACCAUCACCAACCUUCAGCGCUGGUUUGAGUCCUGACCUCAGUGCGGAACCACAGACUCCGAACGAACACCAUCACCAACCUUCAGCGCUGGUUUGAGUCCUGACCUCAGUGCGGAACCACAGACUCCGGACGUACACCAUCACCAACCUUCAGCGCUGGUUUGAGUCCUGACCUUUGACUGGUUUCUGACCUUCUGAUAUGUGAACAUGAGCAGGGACCCCAUAGCAACUGUCUUUAACGACAUCUAGCAGACCGUGGUUCACGGGAAUGAACGUUUUGUAACAUCAUUGAACUGUGAUUCACUUGGUCUGUUAGUUAUUUGUAUUUGACAGGUUUCAGUAGUGCUAUGAAGUCAGUUGUGUCAGACUGUAUAAGAAACAUAGACAUUUUGCCUCGUGUGUGUGUGUGUGCGUGUGUGUAUGUGUGUGUGUGUGUGUGUGUGUCUGUGUGUGUGUGUUGUUUGACGUUUGACAUUCCUAAAACUAACGGACGGGGCAGUGGGAUGGGUUAAACUCCCCCAGCUAACUCUCAUGGCCAUGCUAACCCCAGUAGCCUUGAUACUGCCCUGACAUGAUCAGCUGACCAGCUGCUACUUCUCCCGUCUCACUAGACAUGGGCCAAUCAAAGGAGAUUCCUGACACAAACACACCAGCAGCUACUUCCAGCACAAUAAUCCCCUCAUACAUAUUGUCUAGGCUACUAUAUAUUUACAUGUAUUUCUUUCCUUACUUGUCUGGUGUCUGAUUUGAUUCAGUUGUUUCAGUCCAAGAUAUUUCAGAGUUUAAAAAAAAAAAAACUUUUUUUUUUUCACUACAUGUGACAAUACGAAUGUAUACAAUUGUAAUAAAUUAAACUUGAUCUUGACUUGA